AUGGAACGGAGCGUUGGAGCGAACGAGCGGACGGAACGAGCAGCGGACACGAAAGAAGAAGACGACGAAGAAAGGCGAGCAAUCAGCACCAUGGAACCGUACGAACGGCAGAUGCGUCAAGCGAGAAGGUUGCGGCCUAGGCCUUUGCAGCUGCAAGUGUGCAUCAAGCUUCGCACUGGCCAGCUGAACGCUUUUAACCUCGACGUUGGCAACCCAAACCUUGCCCUGACUUCCUCUCGUUCAUCAUCACCCUUGUUGCUGGAACAAGUAGGGCAAACAAUCAAGCCGUCGAUAUCCCGAACAUCAAGUCGACUUUCAACAUCAAGCUCAACCGCAACAAUGACAAGCUCAGAGACAGCCAGGGCCAUCGUCUUUGUCAGCUUGGUCGUUCUCGGCUGUCUCAUCCGCACCUACAUCCGAACUGCCAACGGCGAGAAGGAAGACGAGGCACACUUCUGGUCUUCCCGCUUCAGUCAGCAACAAGAGCACACCUUGUCGAGCGAAAAAGCUCCCGUUCCCGCACAGCAUGGCGGCAUUCGUGCCUUGCAUCAUUUCGACGGCGACGCUCGUCGUCCACGCAGCACCAACACCUCGAGCGGCGAGGUGAGCCAGGCCGUAUCGGUACUUCACGAACAACCUCCACGCUUUGCGCCCUUCCUAGCCGAUACAGUCCCGGACGAGCAACACGGAGACUUCCUUCCUGCCGUUACCGCUUCCACAUCCUUGCAUCCUGGAUCGAUACACACCUGCGACGAAUCUGAAGUGGACGAAGCAUACGAGGACUGGGCGGCAAUGCACCACGCACGAGGUGCAGUCUCGGAGGAUGCCGAGACGAGCAUCGACAAUCUGCUGCAGCGAAGGCAGCUGCACAAGGCGAUGGGGAUGCAAUCGCUUGGCGACUUUGACGCGUUGGAUGCUAGCGGUGCAGAGACGCCUACGAUCUGGACCGCGCAAUUCCCUGCGGCUCAACUUCGACCUUACUAG